GUAGCUUCAAAUAUUUUUUUUUCCAAAAAGUUUAUAAAAAUCGUUAUUAAGAAUUAAGCAAAAUAAAAUGAAAUAUCUAUGUUAAGUAAUAAGAAAUUUGGUUAAUAUAACAGUCAACCAUUGAUACUACAAUAUUAAGAGAAAUCAAUCGAAAAUUUUAUAGGGAAAAAAUGACUAGUUGGAGAAGGUUUAGAUAUAGAGAAUCUACUGCACCUGAAGAUUUUUAUAAAUUAGAUCCAAAAAAAUCGAAUUCGGAAAAUGCUUAUGAUAUUUUUGUUGCUUUAUCAUCGAAAAGCACCACUGAUAACAAAAGAUUGUACUUGCUGAACGGGUUUGCAACUUUGUUUCAACAAUCUGAUGAUAAUGGUAACCUAGGAUUUACAACGGAAGAAUUACUAUACUGUUUAAGUACUUCAUUAGUUCACAAUUUAUCACAAGUGAGAGCUGCAGCAUUAAGGGCUAUUAGAUAUCUAUUAAAAACCCCAAAAGAUCUUCACAUUUUUAAUUUGUUACAAUUACCGCAUCUUGUAUGUAAAAGUAUUGAUCUUCUUUUAAAAGAUGACGUGGAAAGAAUGCAAGCGCUAAAAUUGAUUAGAAAAAUGUUAUCUAUAUCACCAGAAAGUAUAACUCCAACCAUCGUUCGUUGUUUAGUAUCUAUGGGAGAUAGCGGAAUUGAAGAACGUGAUAGAAUGUUACGUGCAUGCUUAGCAACUUUGUGUGAGUUUGGUGUUCUUAAUCCAACAUUAUUAAUAGUUUGUGGCGGAGUUAGAUCCAUAACACGAAAUGUGCUAGAAUGCCAGAGCCCUAGAAUUGCGGAAAGUUUAUGUGGAGUUUUACUUCAUUUAUUAGAAUGGCCGCAUACAAGAAAUUUAGCAGCCGUUCGACUUGAUUGUUUAGCAGCUCCCUAUUGUGAUUUUACUUAUCGCUUAGGAAUCAUGGAUAAAAAUAAAAACGCGAGAGAGCUAAGAUAUACUAGUAGCCGAUUGGCUCUCUUAUCGGUUCUGAGGAGCUGGGCUGGUACCAUUGAGUUUUGUGAUCCAAAUAAACCAUCUGGCUUGAAAGCAAUAGUCGACGUUUUGUAUCUUAAUCAAUUAGAAGUCAGGAAAGCUAUAUUAGACCUUUUAUACGAGGUUUUGGGAUUACCACAACCUGCUUGGACGGAUGAAUAUUCGGUCGCUUUACAAGCUGUUGAUCCAUCAGAUUUUCAAGAUGCUUGGCUGCUAUCGAAUGGGUUUGUUGCGAUGGAGGGUCGUUCAAUUCUUCCAAGUCUUGCAAAUCGCGUGCCAAAUAUUUGUGAACAACAUUUAGCCUUAUUACUAUAUUGUUUUUUAGAAACUGGUUUAAUAAAUGCUCUCAUUGAAGUAAUUGUUUCUAGUGAUACCUUUAUUUCUGUUCGUGCAACAGUGUUAGUUGGAAAAUUGUUGCAUUUAAUGCAUAAAUAUUUACCUGCUGAUAUAUGUGCAACGAAUACAACACUGUCAUCCCUAAUAUCUCAUGCAACAGCAGGAAAUCACCAAGCUAACGCAGCAAUUUCAGCUUUACAAAAUUAUAAUCAGAUGUUGAAAAAUCGACCGGCAUCCUGUAGUCUAUUUUUAGAUAACAUUAUUCAGGCAGGCAGUCUUGUUCAUUCACGUAUUUUUAAACGCGAAAUUAAUACUCAAUAUGAAUUAUCGAAUAUUUUACCGCCCUUGUUGAAUACUAUAGAAAGACGUCGAUUAGAUUCAGUUUCGUCUAGUGCAAGUGGUGGUGAUGAAACAAUUAUAUCUUCAUCUAUGAACACAAGUGGUCAUCAUAGCACAUUAACAUCAUCUUCGCUACCGUCCAGCAGCUCAGGAUCGGGUCUUAUGAAACGUUCUAGUUUCCGAGUUAAAAGAAAGAAAAUAUCGCAAUUUUUUGAAGGUUUGAGAGAAUUCGAUCGCCUUAUUAAAGAUUCAAAUGUAUUAGUUCAUGCCGAUGGAAAUCAGUGGGACUGGGAAAUCGUCAUAGCUAUUUUAAGGUCCGAUGCUAUCGGCAAAUUAGAUGAUACAAAAUGUAGAUUCUUAAAGCGUCUAGAACACUAUUUUAAACCAAGUAGUAAUCGUUUUUCACAUCAAGAUUUAUCACAUGGCCGAAAUAUACCCGCUUAUGUAACUGCUGGUUUAGACCUUAUAGAUUGGAUGCUUCAAAGCUCUGAAUUGGAAUGCACGAGGCUUUUAACUGAUCUCUUUCAUGAUAUAAGCAAUCAAUUAUUAGCUAUAAGUACUUCGAAUCGAGCACACGACUGUUUAUUUAGUCCUCAACAUAUGAGCAGUACAAUGUGCCAACAUUAUUUUCUAUUUAUUGGCCGAAUGUGUCGUCAUGAAAGAGGUUUAACAAUAUUAUCAAAUACUGGUGUUUUCAAACAGUUAACGAAUCUCGUCACUACAACUUUUCAUGUAUGUUACAUAAAAUUAAUUGUCACUGGAUUAGAUUAUACAUUGGAUGCUGAACCCAGGAGAAUUUUAGAACAAGCUUUAACCAUCUCGAAAGCAAGAGAUGGUCGAUUAUACGCUACGCAAUUCAUGUUAGUGUUACUACGUGCUAAAGUACCUAAUUUUGAAAUCUGGGGUAUUCCUAUGAUAAUUAAUCAAAUAAAAGAUCAGGAAAGACGUGUUGUAUUGGCUGCCCUUGAAAUUUUAGAAGAAACUUGCCAUGAUAAGUUAUAUUUGGAAGAACUUGUUAGUAUUUGGCCUGAUCUUACGGAAAUGCGGGAAGCAGGUAAAAUUUUAAUGUCUCGUUAUUAUUCUAUACCUCGAGGCUUGAAUCACCCACAAGCUAACGUUAAAGUAGAGAUUGAACUGUGGAAGAAUGAAUACAAUAAGAAAUAUGUAUUAUUAGUGGAAGCAGAAACUCACGCAAGCUUAACGCUGCAUAUUAAAAAUGAAGAUGGUUUUUAUAGCAGACGCACAUGUCAGACACGCCCUGUCAUAAUUCCACCAAAUAUACAACCGCAUUUAUAUGGACAACUUGUACAAACAGAGCAAGGAUUUAAAGAUUUAAAAAAGUACGGCGACAUUCCAUAUUUUAUUGAUGUUUUAAAUAAGAGUAAGUGUGCCGAUGAAAACGAAUCGUUAGAAUUAAAAUCAGCAUUGUGGAUAUUAGGACAUUUGUCAACCCAUUCGAAUGGAGUUGAAUAUUUAGUUGAAUCUGCAAACAGGGUUUACCACAAAAUCAUAUUUUUAGCGACAUUUUGUGAAGUUUAUUCUAUUCGCGCAACCGCUUUUCAUGUAUUAGGUUUAGUUGGUAAUACACAUGCGGGUGCGAAUGUACUUUACAAAUUGGAUUGGCUGUGCGUUCGUCAUGAUCGGGACACUAUGUGGCCGGUUUAUCAACCCGAAGAUUGGGAAACAAAACAGGUGACCCCGGUUCGUCACCAAUUCGAGCCAGUGCCGCCAUAUAAUUAUGCUGGAAUAUCUGAAAAUAUUAAUGGUUUUAAUACAAGUAGUGAUUCAAAUUCUUUUCUAACGGAUGAUCACCAUAUAAAUUGUGAAAGUAAAAAUGGAUCACUUGCAAUUAAAGAUGAAAACCCUUGUCAAAACAUUGCAGCGACAAAUAAAUCAAGAACUCUACCUGAAAAUAAUUCUAUGAAAUAUAAACACACUCGUUCUCUUUCGGAAUCGAAGACGACUGAUGUCAUUAGUUUAAUUUCAGCAAGUGGGUAUCAAUCUCAUCAUAGAACUCGUUUUAAUUCUGGAACUGAUUCCAAUACAUCUGGUGUUAGCAGUAGUGAGUCAAUUUUUGGAAAAAAUAUUAUUGGAGAGUAUAUUCAAAUGCCAUUAAGUCCUAUACCAAGUACCUCAAACUUACUGGAAAUACCAUCAACAAAAUGUCGCUUUAGGCGGGUCAGUUUAGUUAGCGGAUCUUCAGUACAGGAGCCAUCUAUGAGUCCCCAAGAUAUGGAAGGUUAUCGAAUGUUGCGUCAGUUGCGAAGCCAUACUAGGCCAGUUUUAUCAGAGUCGGCUGCAGAUGAUUUGGCAGAAAUAAUAGACCGAGAUGAAGUCAUGGCAUCCCUAAGGCCAAGAAAAACUUCAAUUGGCAGUGAUUCUCAGCGUAAAAUGAAAGUUAGAAGCUUAGAUAGGAGAGCAACUACGCAAAACAUUAUUUCAAAACUGCAUUCUGAUGAAUUUCAAGUUCCUUUGCCAACUCUUGCUGCACCUAAGUUCCUCUCAUUAAUUGACUCUAAAGGGCCAUGUUAUUCUGGUAUUUGUCUUCCUAAGAAUAUUAUUGAUUUGUUUCCAUCUAAAAAUCAAACACAAAGUUAUAUAACACGUGAUAUACAAGAUAAUGAUUUACUUGAUAUUAACUUAUUAACCGUUAAACAACAAUUUCUAAACGAAUCUGUCAAUAACGCUGUGGACGUGGAUGGUGACAGCUCUAUUGUUUCAUCAGUGUCUGAUAUAUCAUCAGCAAGCAAGCACCGCGCGACGACAAAGUGGAUAAGCAAACAUACUCGUUCCAACUGUUUAAGUUGUGCUAGACUAAGAUCGAACCGUUUACAACAAAAUCAACGUUUGCAGUUUUUAACAUCUAAUAUUAUUGAUGACAACAGCAAUAGUGAAUUAAAUAUAUUUAAACGUAAAUCAAAUCAGAGCUCCUCGAUUCAAUUAUCUGAUAUUAGCUUUAAUUCGCCAGAAAGUAUUUUAAGUGAAGAAAACAUGCCUGAUCGAAUAGCUUGUAAUAUUUUAUACCAAGUACAACGAAUGUCAAAUCCAAUAAGUGCGAAAUUGGCUAAAAAUGCCUUAUUGGAACUAAAACAAAAACAUCCUAAUUCAUUCCAAGACAUAUGUUUGUAUUCUGAAGUGUGUAAGGCAAUUGGAAGAACAUCACAUCGUAUGGGUGCAAGACGUUUUCUUCAAGAACUAUUUUUAGAUUUAAAUUUUGAUAGUUUUUAUAAUGAACCAAUUGAAAUAAUAGUAAAAAAAGAUAAAGAUAUAAUAUCUAUAUCAGAAAAUUUGUGCGUAGAUGAUACCCGAAACAGUGCAACUGCAUCAACAGUGUUAGUCGGUGCAACUAAUAUUCCAAUCGAAGUUAAUUGUAUACAGUUAAAAAAUUUAAGGGAAAAUAGUAAGUUACAUCAAUCGAACAAUACGCAAAAUUCAGUAUGCGCAAAUGUAAAUAAUACGACUGUUACAACAAGCUCAAAUUUGCUUUUGAACUCCGCAACAAAAAACGUUUCAACUUCCUCAACGUUAUCAUCAAUAGUACCAACAUCGGCAACAUUAUCAUCAAGUGCUGCACUAUAUACAACGUCUCCAGUUUUGCAGUUAAAUGCAAUAUUUCUAUUAAAUAAUUUGUUUUAAUUAUUGUCUGAAAAUUUUUUUGUAAUUGAUGAAAUUUGAAAUUGCAUAGCGUGUUACAUGUCCGUUCCAGAUUAAGGUAAUUUAGAAAUUUUUCUUAUACAUAGGUUAUUUGAUUUAUUCUGCUGAUUUUAAAAGCGUAUUUCACAAACUAUUUUAAUUUCCAAUCACAAUAACAAACGGUGAAUUUUUCUAUCAAUUUUUAUGACUUAUGUAUGUAAAAGGUGAAAAUUAAGGAUUUGAAAUUGAGGAUUGAAAUUUUUAGGACCUUGUAGUGAAUUUCUUACGCCCUAAAGUAGAAAACUGACAUAAUAUCUCUGUACAUUACUUUAUAACGUGUUUUAGAAAUUAAUUGAAAACACAUUAAUUGAUUUUAUUUUUUUUUUAUUUUUUUCAUUAAAAUUUACACUGAAUUUUCUUUAUUGUGUAAAGAAUUUAUUUUUCUUAAAAGGCUUUAUUAACUUUUCAUUCAGUUAAAUUUCAUUAAUAAUAUAUUUACAUUAUUGUGAAUAUAUAUAAUGUAUUUUAAUAUUCAAUAUCUUUAAAUUUAAAUAGUAAAAAGUUGUAAUUAAGCUUGAAAUAAAAUUUGUAUAUAUAUACGUACAUGUUUUGCGCUAUUAUAUUUAAAACUAGUCCAAUUUGUUUCUAAUUUUUUCGGGCACUUUCGUGUUACAAUUUUUCUCUUUUAAUAAUAUAUUUUUUUCCUUACAUAAAAUUGCUCGUUGUUUUCAAUUAGAUUUGAUUAAAUUUGCUACCUUUAAAAACAAAGUGAUAAAGGUUGACUAAAGGCUGAUAUAAAAAUUGAAAAAUAUUUACCUACCAAAAUUAAAACUUUAUUAUACGAAUGUAUAAUAACCGCACAUCUAGCAGAUUGAAAAAGUGUGGUAUAGAAUAAGACAUUACAAGUAAAUUGCGAAAAUCGAUUUUGUUAUUUUUUUUAAAUUUAUUCAACAUAGAUUAAAGCAUAAAUGUUUAUUCAUGAUUAGUUUUUUAUACUAGUCACCUUUUAAAGUUUAAAUAUAAUCAAAUACAAAGAUACAUACAUAUGUACAUAAAUACAUAUAUUAGAAUUUUUUUUUUAGAGAACGUUAUUCGACUCCAAGAACUUAUUGCAGAGAUUUGAGUUAGCACUUUAUCAAAUUGUUCGAAUUUCAUCAAUGUUUGUAAAAUUAAAAAUUGAAAUUAAAACUUUCAUGUUCAAUACCCUUAACAUUUUUAUGUUUUUUAAAAAAUUUGUUAAACAUAAAUUAUUUAUUUUGAUUCA